AUGCCUAAAACCCUUUUCCUUUCUUCCUUGUCAUCAGUGUUCCUGCGCCCCAGCCGCACCUUUCCUCUCCAAGACUGCAACGUCUUUCACCAGAGCAGUAGAUCCAAGGUGGUUCAAACCCACAGCAACUUUAAUUUCAGAGAAAUGAACCCAUUAUCUCAAUUUUUGUUGGCGAUUCUCUUUUUUCAUAGCUCAGAAUACAUUUUAGCCGUUUCCAUUCAUGGGAUAUCAAAUGUUAGUCUCACGUCACUUCUUGUUAGCAAAGAAUAUGCUUUAGCCAUGGUUGUUUCAUUGGUUGAAUACUAUUUUGAAGUACUUUUAUUCCCUGGAUUAAAAGAACAUUUGUGGGUUAGUAACCUGGGGCUUGCAAUGGUUGUUAUAGGAGAAAUUAUAAGAAAGUUGGCCAUUGUAACCGCGGGUCGGUCUUUUACACAUUUGAUUAAGAGAUACCAUGAGGAGCAUCAUAAGUUGGUUACUGAUGGCGUUUAUGGAUUUGUUCGUCAUCCGAGUUAUUGUGGUUUCUUGGUUUGGUCAGUCGGUACUCAGAUAAUGCUGUGUAAUCCCAUAUCAACUAUUGGUUUUGCGGUUGUAGUUUGGCAGUUUUUUGCAAAGCGGAUUCCUUAUGAGGAGUAUUUUUUGAGGCAGUUUUUUGGGGCAGAUUAUGAGGAGUAUGCUCAGCGAGUUCCUUCUGGUGUUCCAUUUGUGAAGUGAAAGUUCAUGGAUUAUGUUUGUAGGACUGACUUUGAUUGACAUAAGCUUUUUUAGUGUGAUUUGAGAUGAGUAAUUUGGGGCUUGGAAACCUGAAAUAAUGGUAGUUAUCACAAAAUUGGCUAUCAUGACCAUGGUUGGUCAUUCACACUUUUGAUUAAGCUCUGGUUUACCAUGUGGAGGGUCAUAGGUUUACUACCAAUGGAGUUUAUGGAUUGGUUCAUCAUCCAGAUUUUGGUGGUUCCUUUGUUUGGUCAGUUGGUCCUCAGAUAAUGCUCUGUAAUCCUCUGUUGAUGAUUGUUUUGCUGUUGUCAUUGGGCAGUUCUUUGUAGAGCGGAUCCCUUUUGAGGACUUUUCUUUGAGGCAGAUUAUGAGGAGUAUGCUUGAAGCAUUCCUUCUGGGUUUCCAUCCAUGUGUGGAGUAGGAUUGUGUUAGUAGGGGGCUUUGGUUUGCAAAAGCAUUUUAAGUGAGGAAAAAAAAUCUUUUGAACCUGAAAAGAUUGAUGGCUAACAUGAAAAGAUAUUCUACACUUCCAUUGUUGUUAAUUCCCAACAUGGUUGCAGGAAGGGGUAACCAACUGUAUUCAAUCAUCUUUUAGGCUGCUUCUGUUAAUAACAGUUUAAUUAUCUUUUGAUGAUCUUAAUUUCAAUCAUCUGAAAAUUAAAAAUAUUAUAUCUGUUGGUUCAGGAUAAUACAAACCUAUUUGCUGUGUUAUUGUUGCCAAGAUAAGAUUGUUAGUUAUUCCAAUACUGCUUCUGAUGGUAUGAAGUUGAUAAAAAUGGAAAAGUUCCGAUAUAUAUAUGUGGAUCUUGAAUUGAAACAAGAUAGCUGGCUAGAGUCUCCCUUGAAAAUAGAUCCUCAGUGAAUGGAUAUGCUUGAGAUACACGAGUUUGCAUUGCAGCGGUGGCAAAUGGGAAUGCAUUGUUUAAGAGCCUGAAGAAGCCAGUUUGAUGGACUCCAACUUCACCAUCUUGUGGAGCUGGAUGAUGCACUGGACAUGAUUGCUGGGUUUUGGCACGCAUCAGACUUAAUCAGUCAUCUGGAUUGAUUAAUGUUUUGAUCUCUGAGAAAGGACUUAGCAUAGUCCCUAAUGUUAGUUGAUUGCAGAGCAGAGUUCAGCAUCAGAAGUAUUGUUUUUUUCCUCGUGUAAGAUGCUUAAGUUGCCCUUACAAAAAUGAAGUAACCUUCAUUAUUGAAAACAUAAUUAAAAACACAAGGAUCUUCUACCUUUUACUUCUGUUGAUGAAUAGAUCUCAAUAUCUCAACAGCCUCUCUUUGGGGUUUCUUUCUUUAUUAUUAUUGUUGUUGUAAAUCUUAACUACUCCGGGAAGGAUUUGUAAGAAUUGAUCAAUAGAUUUUAAUAUCUUUAUGAAGGUUCAUUUGGACAA